UGGGAGGAGGAAGGAGGGAGGAAGGUUGGGCAGAAAAAGCGCCUUUACCCAUUGACAGGUACGGCAACAGAUACAUCGGGACAGCCUGCAUUAAAUCUAUUUUCCUCCGAAAUCCAUCUGAAACGACCCUCGAAAGUUGAGUCGUUUGCUUGUUUGCGGACUCAAACGUGGGGAGUCGAUGAUAAACACGCCGAUCGGGGGCGGGUUCGAGUCCGGGCUUCGACCUGCAGUUCAGGUGCGGCAGAAACCACCUACCUGUUGUCGGAAGGACUUUGUCGGGUUUGUUCUAGCGACGCCGGUCAAAGAGAAACCUGUGGACAGAUGACCACUCCUUGUCAAAUGGCUUUCACUUAAGGCUCAUGGAGGUCUCCCUUCUCCUGUGAGGACGCCAAAGCCUGAAACAGGAUCUGAUGAGCUCGCAAUCCAAGAAGAUGAUGGAGCCUUGUUUUGUGGUCCUGGGCCAGUUGCUUCUCCUGUGGAUUGUCAUGGUCCAGGGGCAAAACUCCACAGAAAGAACAGACACCACCAGUGUCACGAACCCUACGGGGCCUAACAUAGCAGCCAUUGUGGCCCCCACUGUUAUUCUGGGCCUUCUGGCCAUUGCUGCUGUAGUGCUGCUGCUGUUCUUCUGCGUAAUCCGGAAGAAGCGGCAGACAGAAGGGACAUACCGGCCCAGUGCCGAGGAGCAGACUGGGGCACGUGGCGUGCAGGCCCCCGAUGCACUUAAGCUGCCCAAGGAGGAGCGCCUCAUCUGAGCAGCACCCGUCCCCUACUCCCAGUUCAGAUAGACCCGCACUGUGAUGGACAAUUAAGACUUGAACCCUGCACUGCUGCCUUUCUGACCUCUUCCUCUCACACUGGAGAUGUUGUUGGAGAUGCAAACCCUGUAGAUGGGAGACAAUCCCAAAGGACACCAGUUCUGCUCAGUCGUCUUUGGGGUCCAUGUCCCACAACCAAGGCUUCCAGUGAAAGGAGUUCAAUCAAUGGACUUCAAGCACAAGUAUGCAUGGAAGUAGAAUCCCUUUUUCAGAGAGAAGUGUCUCUGCAUACACGUACUCCUGAACACAAAGGAGCAGAAUCAGGAUCAGGUGUUGAAGGCCUACAACUCUUUUGUUGGAUGCUUUGAUGUGGCAUUUGGCACAAAUGGAGGAUGGCUUUUCAAUGGUUGGACAUGAUCACAUGUAGCUGUUUGAGCACUUUUGUCACAGGGCUUCAGUAGUAUUUCUUACACAAAAUUAAAUAUACAUAUCUUAACAGACCAUGUUUUGUAUUAAUUCUGAUUUCUUAUAUCAGUAUGAGGUAGGCCACAGUAGAUUUGUCUUCCAUCCCAGAUGACUUUUGACUGUCCUAUGCAGGCCCUUGCAAAAAAAAAAAAAAUUACCUCAUUAUUUCACAUUACUUUUGACCAAGAUCUGCUGAAUGCUUUUCUGGCAGCACCCUAGUCAUUUUGCAAAAUAACAAACAGAUUGAGUGAGAAUCCAUUUAGUUACUAUGCACAGGGUAUAACCUACUGAGUUUAUACUAAAUUUACUAUGGUACCUGUCCAGUGAGUAUACAGCUGUUCAGAUUUACCAUGGCUCUUAAUAUCUCAGUCAGAGUUACUCAGUACUGUGGCAUCAUGAAGGAUUCUGUUUUAAACUAAUGUUAUGUUUUCUCAGAAACAAAUAGUAAAAGUCUGGAAUUGUAUGAAAGUGAUUUCACACAGACUGCAAUGACAGUGGAAAUGGAUGCAGAACAAAAUCGUUUAUACUGUUUGACAAUAAUGUUACACUGUAUUUGGAUUUGCAAGGCUAUUUGUUACACCAAAGUCUUUUUAUUUGUAAUAUUAUUAGUUCAGAUAACCACUCUUGUGUGCUUCGCCAAAGAUGUUAGAAUGAAGCUGACUAAUAUACCUGAAAUAUUGCAGAAUAAAUGUUGCAAAUGAUAGUCCUUGGGAUUUUCCUCCAACUCUCUUUAGUAAAAUAUAAGACUGUGUGUGUGUGUGUGUGUGUGUGUGUGUGUGUGUGUGUGUGUGUGUGUGUGUGUGUGUGUACUAAGAUGCUUGAUAACCCCCAUUAAAGCAGUUGCAGUCCUGUGUGAUACAGAAGAUGAAUGCAAAUAAAUACAUUCUAAUAAAUUUGGAUGUUGUAUUGAUCAAAACUAAAUUUGGAUAUUGCAACUGUAAUAUUUUGUUUUAUCAUUUGUAAAUUUUGGAUAAAAAAAAAAAAUGCCUCUGGUAGGCUUCUGUGCAGUCCAUUAUGUAUUCUGUUUCAAGCUCUAUAGGCUCUGGACCAUUACAGCCCUGCCCUGCACAAGCUGUUGUUGAGAGCUGAUAAGUGAAAAUGUGGACAAAAAAUUCAAUAUUUAAACAUAAUUAAAGAUUUGAAAAAUGUACAGUGUGAGACAUUUUGCUAUGUUGGCUUUGAUUAAGAUGCACAAGGAAAUCCUUAAGUGCACUUAAUGCAAAACCAGCAAAGCAGCUGAUGGAAAUCAUCCACUAUCCAAAUACCACAUGAAAUAUGUGAGAUGUUUUUCUGAAACUUCAUAGCAGAGACUUGAACGCAGAAACUCAAGUUCCGUGAAGCCUCCCCCAUGUUCUGAAGAACACACUGGAGAACAUUGUAGCUAUACAGGUUAUCUCAGCUUAAAGUAUUUGAGUAAUGCUGCAAAUCAUGCCAUGGCACUAAAACAG